CUCUAACCCAUACUGGGACGACCCUACCCAUACUGGGACAGCUCUAUCUCAUACUGGGAUGGCCCUACCCAUACUGGGAUGGCUCUAUCUCACACUGGGCCAGCUCUGGCCCCCCCAACACCCUUUUUCCCCCCCCCAGCGUACAACGACAGCGUCCAGGCCGCCCGCAACGCCGCCUGCGCCCCCGGGCGUUACAACGAGCAGCCGGACGACGCCGUCCCCAACUACCCCAAGCGCGCCUGCCGCUUCAACCGCUCCCUGCUCGGGCCCUGCGCCGGCCUCGGCCCCCACGGCUCCUACGGCUACGGCACCGGCCAGCCCUGCGUGCUCGUCAAGGUCAACAGGGUCAUCAACUUCUUCCCGGGGAAGAACAAGAGCAUCAACAUCGUCUGCGCCGCCAAGGUGACGGAGGACGCCGCCCUCCUGAGCCCCCUCCAGCUCUUCCCCCCCAACGGUUCCAUCGACCUCAUGUACUUCCCCUACUACGGCAAGAGGGUCCACGUGAACUACACGCAGCCGGUGGUGGCCGUGCAGUUCCCCAACGCCACGGCCAACGUGGACCACCACGUGGAGUGCCGGCUCAACGCCCACGGGCUCCGCACCGACGACGAGCGCGACAAGUUCGCCGGCCGCGUGGCCUUCCGCCUGCGCAUCAACCGCGACUGAAACCCCCACCCCGAGACCCCUCCCCACCCCGUAGCCCCCCCAGAAACCCCCACACCUUCCACCACCCCCAACUCGGGUCUAAUCCCCUCCCCACCGCGUCCUCCAAACACCCUUAAUCUAAAAGGAUAAUAAUAAAUGUACAUAGAUAUUUUUUAUAUGAUAAAUCUAUUAAAAGGUGCAGUAGGACCCAUCCUCCCCCCUGGUUGCUCCCCUCCCCCACCCUGAAAAUUGGUGUUUUACCUUCCCACAAAA